CGAGUGGUGCGCAGAGAAGAAGCGCAGCUCCAGUUUGGAAGAACCGUUUACUAAAUUCGUAAUUUCCGUUGAUUCGAAGCCCAGAAAAGUAAAGAUCUGAAUUUUAACCUAAAACUACCUUCAACAAAGAAAUCCAUAACCAAAUUUGCCCAUUUCCUCGCUGGAAGAAGAAGAUGGAGAGGCCUAAGGAUUCUUUCGCGGGUAUUCCAUUUGCUUCAACUCUUGAUCACUGUGAUUAAAGUUUGAGUUUGCCAUUUUUUAUUGCAUUUUAAUUCGUGCAGAUUUUGCUUUAUUGCUUGUUUCUGUAGUUCAAAUUAUCUAUUUUUGAACUGAGGUGAGAGUUGUGAAGAAAUUAUGGAAGGGAGGUUUAGGAAAGUGGAGAUAGGGGUUCUAGGAGGAGGGGGUGGGGGUUUAUUGAGUGGGAGUGACUGUGGGUCGUUAAAUGUGCCGGCGGGUCCUGUGUUUUAUCCGACCGAGGAGGAAUUUAAGGACACUUUGAAGUAUAUAUAUAAGAUCAGGCCGGAGGCUGAGCCAUAUGGAAUUUGUAAGAUUGUUCCACCUGCAAGUUGGAAACCCCCAUUUGCAUUGGACAUGGACUCGUUCACGUUUGGGACUAAAACACAGUCCAUUCACCAAUUGCAGGCGCGGUGUGCUCCGUGUGAUCCCAAGACUUUUAGGUUAGAGUACAAUCAGUUCUUGGGGGAGCAUUGUGGGAAGAAGGCAAAGAAACGGAUUGUGUUUGAGGGGCAGGAUUUGGAUUUGUGUAAGUUGUUUAAUGCCGCGAAAAGAUUUGGAGGAUAUGACAAUGUUGUGAAGAUGAAGAAGUGGGGGGAUGUUUUCAGGUUCAUUCGGCCAGGAGUGAAGAUUUCAGCUUGUUCGAAGCAUGUCUUGGCUCAAUUGUAUUUGGAGCAUUUGAUUGACUAUGAAGAGUACUAUUGUCAGUUGAAUAAAGGAAAAGGCAAGAGUGGAAAGUGCGGUUUGAAUGGCUCGAAGAAAUGUGAACUGUUGGUCGAGUCUUCAGGUUUCAAGAGAAGACGGAAGAACAAUGAAGGCGAUAGGGUUGAAAUACAGAAAAUAGAGGACAAAGAGCAUGAUCAGAUAUGUGAACAAUGUAAAAGUGGAUUUCAUGGUGAUGUCAUGUUGUUGUGUGACAGAUGUGAUAAGGGUUGGCAUACAUAUUGCUUAUCUCCACCACUGAAGACAAUUCCAUCAGGAAAUUGGUAUUGUUUAGAGUGUUUAAAUUCCGAGAAGGAUAGUUUUGGUUUUGUUCCUGGUAAGCAAUUUUCAAUUGAAGCGUUCAGGCGUGUGGCUGAGCGUGUCAAGAAGAAGUGGUUUGGAUCAACAGCUACUUCAUGGGUGCAAGUGGAAAAGAAGUUCUGGGAAAUUGUGGAUGGUUCAGUUGGAGAGGUGGAAGUAAUGUAUGGUAGCGAUUUGGAUACUUCUGCAUGUGGGAGUGGCUUUCCUCGCCAAAUUGAUCAAAGGCCUCCAUCAGUGGACAUUGAUGUUUGGAAUGAGUACUGUGAUAGCCCGUGGAACCUUAAUAACCUACCUAGAUUACAAGGCUCAAUGCUUCGGACUGUCCACCAGAACAUUGCUGGGGUUAUGGUGCCCUGGCUUUAUCUUGGCAUGAUUUUCUCAGCAUUUUGCUUGCACUUCGAGGAUCAUUGCUUUUACUCGAUGAAUUAUCACCACUGGGGAGAGCCUAAAUGUUGGUACAGUGUCCCUGGUAAUGAGGCCGAUGCUUUUGAAAAGGUAAUGCGGGAUAGUCUGCCCGAUCUGUUUGAAGCACAACCAGACUUGUUGUUUCAGCUUGUAACUAUGCUGAAUCCUUCUGUUCUGAUAGAAAAAGGAGUUCCAGUGUACAGUAUAAUUCAGGAGCCUGGGAACUUUGUCAUCACUUUUCCCCGAUCUUAUCAUGGAGGUUUCAACCUGGGCUUAAAUUGUGCUGAGGCUGUCAAUUUUGCCCCUGCUGAUUGGUUACCUCAUGGUGGUUUUGGAGCUGAGCUUUACCGGCUUUAUCAUAGAGUACCUGUUUUAUCACAUGAGGAACUCCUGUGUGUUGUGGCAAAGAGUGAAUUCGAUAAUGGAGUGUCCCCUUACCUCAAAGAGGAGUUGCUUAGGAUAUACAACAAUGAGAGAACUUGGAGGGAGCGGCUUUGGAAAAAUGGCAUAACUAGAUCUUCUCGUAUGACACCUCGAGUACAGCCUGAUUAUGUUGGUACAGAGGAGGAUCCAAUGUGCAUCAUUUGCCAGCAACUAUUGUACCUCUCUGCUGUUUCUUGCAACUGUAGACCAUCCACAUUUGUUUGCCUAGAGCACUGGGAGCACCUCUGUGAGUGCAAGCCAAUCAAACUUCGUCUUCAAUACCGCCAUACUCUGGCAGAACUGACUGGUUUGCUGCAUGAAGCUGAUAAGUUUUAUUUGGUGGAAGCAGCUGAGGAUUCACAUUUGAAAAGAACUGCAAGCUCAGAAAAACAAGCAGUAUUAACAAAAAAGGUCAAGGGUGGCCAUGUCACACAUUUGCAACUCGCUGAAGAGUGGAUUUUGAGAUCAUGUAAGAUACUCGACCAUCCGUACUCUAGCCAAUCUUAUGUCAUUGCUAUAGAAGAAGCUGAACAAUUUCUUUGGGGGGGUUCUGAGAUGGAUCUUGUGCGAGAAAUGCAUACCAGCUUGGUUCAAGCACGAAAGUGGGCAAAAUCUGUGAGAAAUUGUGUUUCUAAGUUGAAGACGUGGUCCAAAAAGUCUGACUUAGAGAAGGUUCAGAUGAAUCAUGUCAAUGAGUUGCUCAAAUUUAAUACCCCACCUUGCAAUGAACCUAGACAUGUUCAGUUAAAGGAAUACAAAGAAGAAGCUGAUAUGCUAAUUCAGGAAAUUAAUUCUGCCCUCGCAUUAUGGUCACAAUUUUCUUUAGAUGAUUUGGAGAUCUUAUAUAUGAAGGCUGUUGACCUACCAAUCCACACAAUGGAAACUGAGCAACUAAAUCUCAAGCUUUCUGCUGUGAAGGUUUGGGUGGACAAUGUUAGAAAUUGUUUCUGUCAGAAAGUUCAUUCCUCAGUUCAGAUGGAUAUGCUCUACAAGCUUCAGGCAGAGAUAUCAGGGAAACAACUUCAGCUUCCUGAACCAGAUAGGCUUAACGAUUUGAUAAGGCAAGUCGAAUCUUGUCGGUCUCGGUGCAUUCAGAUUUUGAAAGAUUUGGAUUCGCUAAAGGAAAUCGAACAGUUUCUUGGUGAAUGGGAUGAUUUUACUGUUAACGUUCCAGAGCUAGAACUUUUGAGAAAUUAUUACAGUGAUACCAUAUCCUGGAUGUCGCGUUUUGAUCAUGUUCUUAUGAAUGUUCAAGAACGGGAGGAUCAAAGAAAUUUAGUUGAUGAGUUGACAAGCAUCCAGAAGGAUGGACUGUUGCUUAAAAUCCGAGUGGAUGAGUUGCCUCGUGUUGAACUUGAACUUAACAAAGCACGGUGCCGUGUAAAAGCAUUGGAGGCACUUCAUGGUGAAAUGUCCAUGGAUUUUGUUCAGCAACUGAUGUCGGAAGCAACAAUACUGCAGAUUGAGAAAGAGAAGAUCUUUGUUGAUAUGUCACAAAGACUUGCUGGUGCUGUUUGCUGGGAAGCAAAAGCACAAGAGCUUUUUGCAACCAAGGCACCUAUGUCUGAGUUUGAGGAUAUUUUGAGGGCUUCUGAGGAGAUUGGCAUCAUCCCACCAUCUCUUCCUGAAGUCAAACUUGCAUUGUCAACAGCUAAGCAGUGGUUAUCGAAGUGCAAACCAUUCCUACUUCAGGGCUCAUCCAGUUUCCCCGUCUCAGAUUCUUGUUUCCAAGUUGGUGUAUUGAAGGAGUUGGUGUUGGAAUCAGAAGACUUGAAGGUAUACCUUGAAGAAUGUUCACUGCUUGAAAAAGUUUUGAAGAAGGUUAGUGAGUGGGAACAUGAGGCCAGCUCUUUACUACAAGAUGCAGAGAACUUGUGGCUUGUCCACAUUGUUGGUGAAGGCACUGCCAGCUCUCUUAAACCAAGACUUGAACAUCAUGUUCAUUCAAUUGAGAAUGCUGUUGCAGCUGGUGUUUCCCUUGAUCUUAAGCUUAACAUGGUUCCUAAACUGCAAGAUGCUUGUUCUAUGCUCAAGUGGUGCAUUCGUAUCAUCUGUUUUUCUUCUGUUGUUUCUACCCACAAGGAAGUCGAGAUGAUGUUGGAUGAUGCUGACAAUCUUCCUGGAACAUAUAAAUCCAGUGCUUUGUGGAUUUCAUUGUUUGAUGGCUUACAAUGGCUGAGGAAGUCCAUUCACAUUCUUGACCCUAACAAUCACUGGCAGUUUGAAGUCAGCGACGUUAAAAAACAUAUUCUUCUAUCAGAGGAUUUGCACAUUUCGUUUCCAUUGAUUGUUGGUUGUCUACGGGAUGCAGUUCAGAAUCACAAUUUGUGGUUGAAGCAAGUUCUCCUCUUUCUUGGACUCAGUCUUGGAGACCGCUCAUGGGAUUCAUUGCUGCAGCUCAAAGAACAUGGAACUCUCAACGCAUUCAAUUGUGUUGAACUACAGAAAGUUCUGCUUGAGUUUGAAAAAGCUCAGAAGUGGAAAGAGCGUUGUGUCGAGCUAGUUAAGCCUUCAAUUGGGGAGGAAAAUCCACCACUUAAUACUCUCACACAGUUAAAGAAUGUUCUUGAGAGAUCUCUUGGAAUAUUUAACUAUCACGAGACCGGAGAAUCAAUAAAUUUAUGCUUAUGCUGCAUCAAAGCUACUGAGGAUCUUGACCUUUUGACUUGUUCUAUUUGCAAGGACUGUUUCCACGUGCAAUGUACAAAGACAUUGUUGGAGGAUGCUGCUUCAUUUGUUUGCCAAUACUGCGACUUUGUGAAUAGUGCUAAAAUUCCUCAUGGUGGAUGUAGCAUGCUGAGAUCUGGAAAGAAGCAUAUUGCAUUGAAUGAGCUUAAAGUUCUUCUAUGUGAUGCCAACGAUCUUUGUCUGCGGACGGAAGAAUGGGAGAUAUUGGACCAAAUUGUUGCGAAAGCGUAUGAUUCCAAUGCACGCGCUAUGGAAAUCGUAAAUUCCGCAUUAUCCUACACCAGCCAAGAUCUUGACGUUGUCAAACAAAAGUUGUGUAUUGCUUUGAAGGCAACAAAUGUUUCAGGCAUUUCCGAUGAUGAGGCAGAUCUCAAAUUUGAGUUGGCAUUGGCUAGAAAUUCAUGGAAAAUCAGAGCAGAUAAAUUUUUACGAAGCUCAGAAAAGCCCACUCUUCAACAGAUCGAGCAUCAUCUGCAUGAAGGACUGGUUAUGAAGAUCCCUCCAGAAGAUUACUUCACUGAAAAAUUAACAGAAAUCAGGGACUUGGGCUCGCGAUGGGCAGAUACAGCCAAGCAGGUCUCAGCGGAUGGUGGGAUACUUGGAUUGGAUCGAGUGUUUGCUCUUAUUUACGAGGGUGAGAGUUUGCCGGUAUCCUGUGAAAAGGAACUAAAGUUGCUGAAGGAUCGGAGCAUGCUUUACUGCAUUUGUCGGAGACCAUACGGCCAGAGAGCUAUGAUCGCUUGUGACAAAUGUGACGAGUGGUAUCACUUUGACUGCGUAAAAAUCUCGUCAGCCCCAAAGUUUUACAUAUGUCGAGCAUGCAAUCCUUGUCCGGGUGAAGAUACGCCUCCAUCAGUGGCAGCUGCACAGGACAACAGGUGUAGUGCUGAAGAGCCUCAUACACCGUUGAGGAGGUCCGAAAUGAGGAGGAACUCAUCGAAGAAGAUAGGUGCGGAGAUGGAGAUGGAUUAUAGCAAAUUUGAGAGAUUAUUAUGGAAACAGAGGAAGCCUUUUAGAAGGGCAGCUCGAAAACGUUCUCAACUUGAGACUUUAUCUCCCUUCUUCUACGUACAACAUAAGUGAUUAAUAUUGUAGUUGUAGAGACAUGUAUUAUUCAUCAAUCUAUUCAAUUGAUUCCCCCCCACCCCUA